AUGGGUGUCCAACUGAAAGGAAAUGGACCCGGAGAGCCGCCUAUGAACCCAACGAUUGCAGUGCCUCUGUUCGUCGUUGGUGGACUAGUUGCAAUCUUGUUCGCAUGGAGAACCGCCAUUCGCAUCGGAGAUCUUCAACGACUAAAAAAGUCACGACAGGGAGCUGAUCAGACGCAGCUGUCCCGAACAAGUCGGAUCAAUGCGACCCUCAAGAAAUACUUUCUAUAUGCUCCGCUAUGGGGCAAGCGACACAGUCGCGAAUUCCGCUUCCUCAGGCUUCAUAUGGGAUCUCUGCCACUGCGGUUGGAAAUGAUCUGUCUCUUUAUCUAUCUCAGUUUGAACUUAAUUUUCAUUAUUGUGACAGUUGAUUGGUGGAUCGAUGAUUACCCCAAGAAGAUGUUCCAGCUCAAAUACUCUGCAGGCCAUUUGGCGGUCAUGAAUACACCAGGCCUGGUCAUGGCUGCAGGCCGAAAUAAUCCCUUAGUCCAGCUGUUGGGGAUUUCGUUCGAUGCGUUCAACUUUAUGCAUCGGUGGGUGGGGCGAGUGAUUGCAGCUAACGCAGUCAUUCAUAUGAGCGCCGUAUUGGCUGGUCAGGCUUAUGAACGCGGUACGGAAUACAUCCUCUACACUCUCUGGCAGCAAAGGCUUUAUAUCAGCGGUCUUGUGGCUAUCCUUGGAUUCCUUUUCAUUGUCGUUCAAUCUCUGUCGCCGGCCCGACAUGCAUUCUACGAACUCUUUCUCCACCUGCACAUAGCCCUUGCCGUGAUGUCUUUCGUGGCCCUCUGGUAUCAUUUGAAAAACCUGUUGCAACAGCAGGUGCUUUUAGGCACUUUGAUCCUGUGGGGCCUCGAUCGCGCCUGUAGACUUGGAAUUCUGCUCUGGAGAAACCUCAGCAGCAGGCCCACAACUGCCACCAUCGAGGUUCUUCCUGGCUCCGUUGCUCGUGUUGAUGUGGCAGUGGCUCGGGCAUGGCGCUUCCGUCCUGGUCAGCAUAUGUAUCUUUACAUCCCUUCUAUGGGGUUGUGGACAUCGCAUCCCUUCUCUGUCGCGUGGACGUCUACAUCAGACUCGUUGGGUCUGGAUGAAAAGCGUGGCUCGAGCGAGUCUCUGAAAGCUCUCACUGGAGGUUCGCAGACUACCACGAUGUCCAUCCUGAUCAAGGGCCAAGACGGAUUCACGAAAAAGUUGAUCCAAAAGGCAGAGGACUCUUCCGAGGGACGGAUGAAGGCUAUUGCCUUGGCAGAGGGGCCAUUUGGUGGUAUUCAUUCUCUUGCCUCAUAUGGUACCUUAUUAUUAAUCGCUGGUGGCAUUGGUAUCACCCACCCAACAUCCUACCUGAACGAGGUUAUCACCACGUUCUCCCAAGAGAAAACAGCUACGCGCAAGGUCCAUCUGGUGUGGAUCGUGCGCAGUCUAGAUCAUCUUACCUGGAUUCAAUCAUUCAUGACUGAGAUCCUCGGCCACGACUCGCUCACAAGUCCACAAGCCACGAACGGCCAUACAUAUUUCCAAUUCCCACGACUCGAUCUCUCUAUCAGCCUUUAUGUCACAGCUCACAAAGAGACAGUCGAGGAAUAUAUUCCACAACCAGACACGCCAUGGAUGCGAUGCGCUCCAUCCAGUGUGCCUAUCCACAUUCACCACGGCAAGCCAUGUCUCCAGUCCGUGUUAGAGAAAGAAAAGUCCGAGCAAAUCGGUGCGAUGGCGGUAAGCGUCUGCGGUCCUGGUGGCCUAGGCGAUAAUGUUCGGGAAGCAGUCCGAGGUGUACAAGGGGAGAAGACGGUGGAUUUAUUUGAAGAGGCAUUUUCAUGGUAG